AUGGCUGGUUUCUUGAUGAAACAAAUGGUUGGUAACCAACUGAACGAGGUCACCGGCGGUCUCGGACUCAAGGAUGACGGUGGUGAGAAGACUGAAACUGGAGAGGAUCCAGAAGUCGUCGCGGCUCGUCUGGAGCAAGAGGAGAGAAGAAAGGAGAAGCAUCGGAAGAUGGAGCAGGAGAGAGAGAAAAUGCGACAGGGUAUUCGUGACAAGUAUGCUAUCAAGAAGAAGGAGGAGGGCGUUGCCAUGGAUUUCACCGAGGGACGCAUUGGAGGACCUCGCAAGACCCCAGAAGAGAUCGCUGCCGAGAUGAACGCCGAGGAUGACUCGAUCAUCGGACAACUCGGGCUCACUGAGCAAGUCGAGAAGGCCAAAACCAUGGCAACCGGAGCCUUUGAGACUGUCAAGGGAUUCUUCCCAUUCGGAAAAUAA